CUCUCUCUCUCACUUGUACACAGUCUUCCAUUGAAAUCUUCUGAAAUAAAGGCGAACAAACAAACGGAAAAACGAAGCCAAACCACAUUGCCAAAUCACCCCAAAAGUCAAGAUGUCAGGACAGUCCAGCGUCGGCAACAGACAGGUCUACGAGGCCGGUGACCAGCGAGUGCCUCCAGACUCGCAAAAGGCCGAAAACCAAGCACAGCCGUUCCACGAGGGCGAGAAGAACAGCCAUCAAGCGAAUGAUUCGAAGGACCAACGCAGCAUCGGCAACCGCCUCGCGGCCGCGGGCCCACAGAACGACGACUCCAGCAAGAGCGGGCUGAGCGCCGAGGACAAGGCGGCCAAGAUCGAUCCGACCCUGCCCGCGAAGAUGCACGGCAACGAGCCGUCGCGGGGCGCGCAGAUCGACAAGGAGAUCGAAGACGAGGAGGCAGCCAUCCUGGCCAAGAAGGAUGCCCGGAAAGCUCACGGGGCCACGGGUGGCACGGGAGAUGCAGCGGGAAAGAAGAACUAAGUUCACAGUUCACACAAACGAGAUUGAACGACAUGUACGAGUACAGUAAUCAUUCCUCAUCUCGCGCCCCAUGGAGAGUCGAGAGAGAGUUGUGAGAUGCAUACAACCAGGCGUUUCAAUGAGGCGUUGAUGCCCCCUGAAAAAAGCAAAAGAUAGAAAAAUGUCAAUCUGAAGAGACCAAGAUGGUCCAUUAUGAGUCA